AUGCUCACUCAUGCGUAUCAAUACACAUCAUCCCAUUUGGGGUUUUCCUUGGGUUAUCUUCGCUGGUACUCCACCGCUAUGCUCGUGCCCUUUGAAAUCACCAAUGCCAUGGUCAACCUCGGCAUAUGGAAUCCAGGGUUUAAGGUUGCCAUACGGAUCACGCUCGUAGCGAGCGCAAUCUUCGGGUUCAACAUGCUCCCUGAGAGGGUGUUCAAAAGAUCAGAGGCGGUUUUCACCGGCGUCAAAUUUCUCACCACCGUUGGACUCGGCAUUCUCUCCGUGUACUUGGCUAUUCGUGGUGUCCCCGGGUCGGGCAUGCGAGGCUUUCAUUACUGGAACGACCCGGGUCCUAUGAACGAAUUUUUGGUCGAAGGGCCAUUGGGAAGGUGUCUAGGACUAGUCCAGUGCAUCCUCUGCAGUACGAUUUCGUUCAUUUUCAGCCCCGAAUUGAUUGUCCAUCGAAGUGAGCAAGCAAACUCCGAAUCCAGCCGAAGCAUCAUGCAUAUGGCGCAGGUCGACAGCGUCCACCUAUUCGUGCUAUACAUUCUCAGUGCGUUGGCAAUCACAAUCGUCGCCCCCUCAGACGAUCCCUCUUUGACGAACGGCGGGAUGGGUGCUGGAAGAUCGCCAUAUGUCGUGGGUGCCCGAAGGUCAAAGAUUCCGGUCCUGCCGUCCGUCACUGCACUUCUAAUUCUUCUCUCAUCCGUGGCUUCUGGUCGCUCCUUUCUGUAUACCUCCUCUCGCACUUUGUGCUCGCUGGCUGAGACGGGACAUGCGCCACCUUUGUUCAAAGUUCGCAAUAGAUGUGGUGUGCCCUACGUUGCCGUCCUCACCACCACUCUGUUCUCGGGGCUUGCUUACUUAUCGUUGGCUGUUUCCUCGUCUGCAGUGUUCAAUCUGCUGAUGUAUUUCAUCACCACCUCGGGGUACAUUUCCUGGCUUUGUUCGUGUAUCGUCUACCUUCACUUUCGGCGGGCGACGCAAGCGCAGGGGUUCACACCUGUUCAUCGGGCCCGUAUCCAGCCGUACGGCGCGUAUUUCAGCAUGUUUGUGUCCGCUCUACUGCCCGUGGCUAAUGCCGUUAUCAUCGCGGCGCCCACUCGAGGCAUUGGCAGGAGUGCAAUUCCAGUGUACGUGGGCAUAGUCGUGUUUUUGUCGCUUUACUUUGGACAUCAAGCGAGGGCGGCGAUUGCGAAUCGCUUCCAACAAUCACCGAUGCCUGACGAGGAGAAUAGCCCCGUGCGCACCAAGGUCUCGGAUUGA